GAACAAACAGCCCAGAGUAGAAAACUGAGAAAAAUCCAAAAUAUGUGACAAUGAAUAUUGCAAGCCACUCAUUCGGAGCAGAUGUGCACGUUUUCACCACGUAUUUUUUAUGCAUUUGCCCGUUGAAAGUGAGACCCGUUGCAAAUUAAGUUUUUUAAGAAGAAAACAUACAUGCACUUAAAUGUAUACUGAGGAUAAGGAACUCCAGCACCUGCCUGCGUGAAAGUCAAUUGAAGUCGCUGGAUAUUUGAAGAGUCAAAGACACAAGACUGGACGUUGCGAUAUGAAAUAUGAAUCACAGAAAAUAUUUCCAUUUACUGGAAUAGUGGAUUUGAGAAAGUGGUCCAGAACACUGCACUGUAGUGUUAUUCGUCUUUUACUGACACUUACUGUAGAACAACUUCUGUGAUUAAACAAAACAGCGAUAACCCAUCACUAACGGAAUAAUUUAAAGCAAAAGAGACUGGUCUACAAUAUUAAACCUGGCACGAAAAAUGUUCCCAGUGGACAUUAACGCAUUUAUAUUCGCUGCUAUUUCUAUCUGCCUGGUCGGGCUGACCGACAGUGUCAGGAUCUCUCCACCAAAGCUGACCCCUUCAGAUGAACAGCAUGUGAUUGAGGCUGGAGGCACUCUAACAAUAACUUGCAGGGGACUGGCUCCGCUCAUGUGGGCGUGGCCCCCACUUCUAGACUCAGACAGUGGGAGGCUGAGGAUCGAUGAGUGCGACUGUCUGCCUGGGAGGGAGACCCACUGCAGUGCGCUGACCAUCAGCAGCGCUCAGUACAGAGACACAGGCUAUUACUCCUGCAACUACACACAUUCCACAGACAGCAUGGUCAGCAGAACGUAUGUGUUUGUGAAAGAUGAUGAAAAUCCAUUUGUGGAACCUCACAUACAUUUUCCUGAAUCCCUGCUCAUAGAGACUGGCAACACAGAGCUGGUGGUGCCUUGUAGAGUCACAUCCCCAGACCUCAAAGUCACCUUGACAACGAUUCCUUCUUGGAACUUUGAAAGCCUAGAUGCUCAAUGGGACCCCAAGAUUGGCUUUACCAUGUCACCUUAUGUUCAUAAUAUACUGAAAUGUAUAACCAAUGUGAAAGGAAAGGAGACACACACCCUUUAUAUGCCAGUGAAAAUAGCUCCGGACAUCCUUAACUUAAAGAUGGAGCCGACGCGAGUGAAGCUUCUGGCUGGAGACACACUUUCGAUCAAUUGCUCUGCACAGACCCAUUACAAUGGAAGAGUAAAAUUACAGUGGGACUACCCCCGGAAAUUGUUAAACGGUUCAGUCACACUGACAAAGAGCAUGGACAGGUCAACCCAGGUCUACACAACCUACAGCAAGCUGGUCCUGCACAAUGCCACCAUGGCAGACAGAGGCACUUACACAUGCAUCGGAAUCAACAAAUACAAAAUGGAUGUAUCCACCAAGGUCAAUGUCUAUGAACAUCCUUUCAUUAACGCUACUCAUAAAACCAGACCUGUUAUUGAAGUCCAUGAGGGGCGGAAGAAGCUGAGAAUCGUGGCGAGGGUCAAUGCAUUACCAGCCCCAGAGAUUGCAUGGUACAAAGAUGGUUUCCUAAUUAAGGAAAACCACACCUGCUACAAGCAAAAUGACUCUAUUCUCAGCAUCAAUGACAUUAAAGAAAAGGAUGCUGGGAGAUUCACCAUUGCUCUGAGCAAUAAGAAGCAUGGUUUAUAUAAGAACCUCACAUUCACACUGAUUGUCAAUACGAGGCCGCAGAUCUACGAGGAGGAGGUGGCGGCUGUAGAUCUGUAUCCACACCAGCUGGGGGAAGAGCAGCGCCUGACCUGCACUUCAUACGGUGUCCCUGCCCCCCAGAUUUUCUGGAAUUGGCAACCCUGCAAUCCUGAUCCCUCCAAUACUGUAUGUGAAAAGCAGGAGGCACAGCAAGUCCAGGUUUGGACAGGAGGCAGUGAGGAGGACCUGCACAUGACCAACAGGAUUGAGGCUAUUGAGAAUAAAAUUGAAAUCCACAAAGGGAAGAACAAGACUGUGAGCACUUUGGUUGUAGCAGAGGCAAAAGUGUCUGGAACUUAUCAGUGCAUUGCUUUCAACAAAGAAGGCUUUGACAAACGCAAUAUUGAUUUCUAUGUAACAGAUUCCCAGAAGUCUUUUGAAACCAAAUCUCAAACAGCCAUCGAGGGACAUAACGUCAGUCUCACAUGCCUUGCCACAAGGUACAUGUAUAAGGAGCUGAGCUGGCACUACCCCAGCAAUGAGACGGUGGCCGACGUGUCCUUGGAGUAUGGGACAUACUCCAUCAAGCUGUCCUUCGCCUUGAAGAACGUGUCCACUGAGGACGCUGGCCUCUAUGAGUGCAGAGCACACGAUGUGUACCACAACACAACGAUUCGGCAGAAGGCAGAGCUCCUUGUUGUAGAACGCAAGGUCCCUUGGUUACAGCAGAACCUUACAAACCAGGAUGUGAACAGCAGCAGCACGCUGAUUCUAGGGUGCCAUGCCGACGGGGUGCCCACUCCUUACGUCACCUGGUAUAAAAAUGGAGAGCCGGUCCAGCCAGCCCCUGGUAUUACCCUAGGGGCUGAUGGUUUAUUGACCAUCGAAAGGGUGAAGAAAGACGAUGGAGGACUGUACGAGUGCUGGGCGAGCAACGACGAAGGAGAAGUGAAAACAGCUGCCAUCAUCACUGUGCUGGGACUAGAAGAGAAGUCUAACUGGGAGGUAAUUGUCCUGGUUUGUACUGGUCUGGUCGCCACUCUCUUCUGGCUGCUGCUGACCCUGUUCAUCCGCAAACUGAAGAAGCCCAGCUCUGCAGACAUUAAAACCGGCUACCUGUCAAUCAUAAUGGACCCAGACGAAGUGCCUCUGGACGAGCAGUGUGACCGCCUGCCUUACGACAGCAGCAAGUGGGACUUCCCGAGAGACAGGCUGAGGCUGGGUAAAACUCUUGGCCACGGAGCUUUUGGGAAGGUGGUUGAGGCGUCUGCUUUUGGAAUCGAUAAAUUAUCAACCUGCAAGACCGUGGCUGUCAAAAUGUUAAAAGACGGGGCUACAACCAAUGAGUGCAAGGCCCUAAUGUCAGAGCUGAAAAUCCUGAUUCACAUUGGCCAUCACCUGAAUGUAGUGAACCUGCUGGGAGCAUGUACCAAGCCAGGGGGUGCUCUGAUGGUGAUCGUGGAAUUCUGCAAGUAUGGAAACCUGUCUAACUAUCUGAGAAGCAAGAGAAGUGAUUUUGUUGUGUACAAGAGCGAGGAGGGUUCCAGAGGGGAGUCGAGUCCUGACCUGACAGAGCUGAUCAAGAGGAGGCUGGAGAGCGUGGCGAGUACUGGGAGCUCAGCCAGCUCGGGGUUCAUAGAAGAUAAGAGCUACUGUGAUUCAGAGGAAGAGGAGGAAGAUGCUGACGAUUUAUACAAGCGAGCUCUGACCAUGGAAGACCUGAUCUGUUACAGCUUUCAAGUAGCGAAAGGCAUGGAAUUUCUGGCAUCACGGAAAUGUAUCCACCGUGACUUGGCAGCCAGAAAUAUCCUUUUGUCUGAAAACAAUGUUGUGAAGAUAUGUGACUUUGGGCUGGCCAGGGACAUUUACAAAGACCCAGAUUAUGUGCGCAAAGGAGAUGCCAGACUUCCCCUCAAAUGGAUGGCACCUGAAGCUAUUUUUGACAAGAUCUACUCAACGCAGAGUGAUGUGUGGUCAUUCGGUGUGCUCAUGUGGGAGAUAUUUUCUCUCGGUGCCUCCCCCUACCCUGGUCUACACAUUGAUGAGGAGUUCUGCUGCCGACUAAAGGAAGGGACACGGAUGAGAGCUCCUGAGUACGCCUCCUCUGAAAUCUAUCAGACGAUGCUAGAUUGCUGGGAAGGGGAACCUACUGAAAGACCAAACUUCACAGAGCUGGUGGAGCGACUGGGAGACCUGUUACAGGCCAAAGUCCAGCAGGACGGCAAGGAUUACAUUCCAAUAAACACACUGCUGGCCGAGGGACAGGAGACCUCCAGCACCUCUACAGAGGAUGAGACCUCAAGCACAUCUGUGAAUCAGAGACACUCAGGGGGAACAUGGAACACAAAAAUACGUCCCGUCAGUGUGAAGACCUUUGAUAAGGUCCCUGUAGACAACAAAACAAACGGACUGCAGGAGGAGGGAGAGUCGGACAGCGGGAUGGUGCUGGCCUCUGAAGAGAUGAAGAGUGUGAAGAGACUGGAAACGCGAGCCCAGCCCUUAAGCAUAAUGGCUUUAGCAAUGAAAGCAGUGAGCAAAAGUAAAGAAUCAGUGUUGUCCGAUGGGGAGAAGGAGACAAAGUACCUGCAGGAGCCCCUCGAUUUCAACCUGGAGCACUCCGUUCUCCUCCAAAUGGACCCCAACCUGGAAUGCCACAGCCCCCCGCCAGACUACAACUAUGUCGUCCGCUACUCUGCACCGCCAGUGUAGCGCGGUGCCACCACACUCAGUGAAGUCUGUUUGUAAUGUACAGCAUUGCUUCUUACCUCAACUAUGCAAAUGUAACUUUGUGAUUGGAUCAAGCAGGAGCGCACAUUUCUUGGCCACGCUUUACAAGAAUUGGCAGUCUAUAGGAAUGGGGGUCAGUAAAGGGCUGCUCUUGUAAUUAAGCGUGGAACUGAUUAUGAACUGUUUAUUAGGGGAACUCAGAAGGAAACAAUAUUUCAGUUUAUGUGUUACAAGGUAAUUUUUUUGUUGUUGUUGUUUUUUUUUUUAAAUACCCUCCAAGUGCUGAAUACUAAUUUCAAAGUCAGAAAACUUUCUCUUGUUAUUUAUAAUGUAUAUGGGUAUCAAACAAAAGCAGCUUUUCUUUGGUCGGGAUAUUUCCAUUUUCUUCUGGAUCAAAAUAAGUCAGCUGCUAAUCUCUUUAGAAAUUCCUUUCUAGAAACUGUGGGUGCAUUUUCAAUUCACGUUCCCAAGAAGCAGUAAGAUCACAAAGAAAAAAAAAAUUCUGAUGAAGUACGUUUCUCAGGUAAACCUGUUUAUUGUGAACAGUUCUUAUGGUUAUUGCUUAGCGUACCUGCUCUGAUGACGAAAGCGAAGCAGCGCAGUGUCAGCAAAGAACAGUCACACACUGUGUCAGAAUAGCUCUUUAAAUCACACAGGAUGACCAGCCGUCUUUUUAUUAGCAAACAUGCUAAGCUGUGGAGAGAACGACCACAAGAGCCCUUAAUUCAAUACAGAUAUAUACUAACACAGGCCAGGAAGUUGUUGUAGACGUUUUUGUUUUGUUUUUAUUAUUAUUGAAUCUUCUCCCCUGUUAGUGGACCAAAGACUUUAUCAAAAACACCAAGCUCGUUCCCUUCCUGAAAUACUGCAGCUGAGCAAUUGUAAAGCAAAAGACAACAGUCUCAAAUUUGCAUGUCAGUCCGAAUGCAGUGCCUUCUUUUGACAGAAUAAAAAGCCAAUCAGAAUAUGUCAUCAGCUUUUCAUAAUGCAUGGUUUGCCUGGGAGAGUAACCUGGGCACCAGGAAUGUUAGACAAUGGCAUUUUGUUCUAAAAAUAGCCAAAGUUAAUUCUUUACACAGGGAGAACAAAGAUUGUCUUCGUGGUAUAGGAAAAAAGACAACCCACUCCAUUUGUAAGGAAAUUAAUGUUCUAGUUCAGAACAGAAAAAAAAAACAAACAGCCAAUUUGUACAUUAUAAGGGUCAUUAAGACCAAUAUCAUUUCCAACUGUGUUUGCAGUUCACUUUGCCCUGUUGCCUAAAAUAGGAUUUUAAAUUCUAAAUCCAUUCUAAAUGAAUACCAUUCCAAAUUCUAAAUGGGGUUUGUUAACCCUACAGUACCCUCUAAGUACUGCACUAAAUGUCAUGUUUCUUGCCUAUAUAAAAAAAAACAAAUGGCAAUACAGAAUCUGUAUCAGCAAGCGUUGAAUGGAGCAAUGGAGUUAAGGGAUGCAGUACUGCUGUGAGGCCUGCAUGUUGCCUAUUAAAAUACUAACACGUUCAAUAUUUCUCAUGGGGAAAAAAAAAAUAUAUAUAUAUAUAUAUAUAUAUAUAUAUAUAUAUAUAUAUAUAUAUAUAUAUAUAUAUAUAUUACAUUUUAUAAUGUAUAUGCUGUUGUACACAAUAUUCUGUAGGAACCAUAUAGUAAUUCUUUAUUGUUUACAAGAAUGUUUAUAAUUAAAGUGCCUCUGUCGCAUUGUUAUGUACUAAAUAUGUUACUAAUGCUUGCAGGACAGGCUAGAGUUUGUAUAUACUGCCUGACAUACAGUUAGCUUUCUGGUGUGUUAGCCUGGGUUUUAUUAAAGGGCUGGUCAUUAACAUGGUAUGAACAGCAGGAAAGGGACUUUAACAUGACUGUUUUAAGGCAAAUGACACGCUUCAACUCUUGAACGAUCUCUGACUUUCAGCUUCACCAGCGUGAGUGGCAAGCUCUUUGAUAUUUUUUUAAUAGCCAAUAGCAGUGUUCUGCCUUGUGUUUUUGUGUGAAUUCAAGUGGAAGGCUAAAGGCCUGUUUGUAAGCACUGAUGUCGUCUGUCUUUCAUAUGUACUCCAAAAAUGUAUUUGUAUUAACCUCCCAAAAAAAACCACAAAAUAAAGAUUUCUAUAUUUA